ACAGCAAAAAUCAGUAACUUAGCUGAGAAGGAGAAAAAACAUCAUAAAACCCCGAUUUCUGGAGUUUUCAAUUUUCAUCACCCACGAAAGAAAGCGAAGCAGAUUUUCACUUUUUACAGAGCAAAUUAAAUAGAAAAGAAAAAUGCAUUUCCGUCUCUUCAGCGUCUUCACUUUUGUUCUCUUCUUCACACUAUUGUCCUCUGCUCCUCAGGCAUAUGCAGCAGGAAAGUCUGAAGAUCGGCGCUCUAAACCUUCGUCACCAUUUUCACAAGCUCUUGAGACUCUACAGAAACAAAUUGGCUAUACUUUUAAGAGCAUUAGUCUGCUUCGGCGUGCCAUGACCCAUGCCUCCUUCUCUGAAGAGAACAACAAGGCAUUGAGCGUCCUGGGCACCCAUGUCAUUGAGACAUCAGCUUCGCUCCGUUCCCUUGAAAAAGAUAUUGAUAUGUCUUCAAAAGAACUCAACAAGCUCAUAUCAGAGAUUUCCAAAGUGGAAUCUUCCUGUGCUGUUGAUGGGACGCGAUUGGGCCUGCAAAAAGUGGUUCGAGUUUCUCCAAAGACAGAUCCUUCAAACCCAACCAUAGUUUGCGAUGCAUUUCGAGCAGUACUUGGUGCUAUUGCUAUUGAUUGCGGGAAUACUGAUGAAACUGGAAAAAUCUUCUGGAGCAUCCAUAGUGGUAAGCUUCAAUGUAGUUAUCAGGACUAUCCGCAAACUUGGGUGUCUACAGUGUGAAUAAGCCUAAACUUGGCUUGCCUGCACCGUCUUGGUAAGUGUAUUUAAGAUAAUUUCUUUUAAAGUACUCAGGAGAACCCAAACUCUUGUAGACUAUUUUUACUUGUUCAAUCAUUAAAUUAGAAUUAGAUUCAGGUGGCAGAGAGGAUGACAUGGUUUCAAAAUGCAAAUUAAGGGAGAGGUGACCAUUCACUUAGAAAUUAAGAGGUUCAUUCUGUUUUAUCUGUCAUACUGGGUGAGGGCCUCAGUGUUAUAAUAAUAUUUGCUAAUUAGAUGCACAAGAUGAAGGCUGUUUCCAGAUAUGAUAUUGCUUGUAUCUGAGGAAAUUUCAAAAUAAACAGUGCAAAACCUAGUGUCUGGAUUUGCUGUCCUUGUUUUGCAUUCAUAGUUUUCAAUUAUUGUGUGAAUAACUCAGAAAAAGCACAGAUAAGUCGUCUCAUCUGGUCUACCUUUUUUCUGAAAAAUACAUUUGUUGUUGAAGUGUUGAAGGAUAUUCGGAGCACAAUGUUUGUGCCUGAUUUGGUUGGUCUAUGAAACUUCAACUUGCAUAGCUGUGUCUUAUUUUAGUUUCUCCGAAUAAUGAGGUGGAUUGGAGAUAAAUCCCUUCAUGCACAAACCUUUUAGCCAGUAUACAAAUACUCAAAUACCUAAUAUUUCUCUUCCUCUUCAAAGCUGACGAGUUUUGGAUUUUUUUUUUUUUUUUUUGGUUUUACAUCGCUAACAAUGGUGGCCAGCGGCGAUAAGCGACGGUCGACAUGGAUGAACACUGCCAGAUCCUGGAAACGUUUGCUUGUUUUUAGGUUCAAUUGGUUCUCCGGCAGUGGGGAGAAGGAGGGGAAAGGUGAAAAUGAAAGAAAAAAAAUUUUGAUUUUGUUAUUUAUGGUUAAAUCAAACUGCGCCUUUUCAUACAACGAAGUUCCGCUCGAUUCUGAAUUACCCGACCCAAUCCAAUCGUCUUCAACUCGUGACCUGCAGCAAUGACUUAAGCCGCUUUUGAGUCGAGCCGAGCCAAGUAAACCGUAAAUCAAGCUGCUUAACAUUGAACUGAGCCGUUGAUUGCGUUGGACAAGCCGCUGAUCGGCUGAUUUUUAAAAUUUUUUAUUUUUUUUC